AUGAUCGAGGGAAGAAAGGCUACAGGUAUUUGCGAUGAAAAGGUCGAUGGACUCACCUUUCGUCGAAGAAAUAAGGUGGUUCCGCCCACCAACAAACUUUGUGCAGCCCCAAUUCAAGGAGUUAUUCGACGGAAAGAGCGGCGAUCCAGUGGAACAUGUGUAACAUUUCCAACCUUCAAUGAGUCUGUGGGAUAUACCGAUGAGUUGUUAUGCAGAACCUUUCUUGUGACACUAACAGGUAAAGCUUUGACUUGGUUCUCACAAUUGGAAUCAAAUUCAACUGCGAACUUUGGGAUGUUGUCAGACGCAUUUUUCGAGCAAUAUAAGAUCUGGGAAGCAAAAAAGGUAGCAAUCACUUAUUUGGAUUGCAUCAAGAAACAAAUGAAAAGUCUGGAAACUUUCAACCAACGGUUUCGCCAAGAAGUUGGAGAAGUCGGCGCGGUUGAUGCUGGGCUCAUCAUUGAAGCAUACAAGAAGACCUUGCCUUAUGACGAAUUCGAGACAUUCAAUUCCUUAACCGUACAGCCGGUAGGAAACCUCAAAGAAUUAUAUGCAAGGGCAUAUAAGGAAAAAAAUAGCAAAGCUGUCACUGACGAAGGGGACAACAGAAAUUCCAUCCAAAACAGUGAUGACGGUGGUGUUGCUGGUGGUUUUGGUGGGGGAAGUGCUAGCGUAAGCGGUGCAGGUGGAGGUAGGGAUGAUCUUGGUGGUAGUAGUGGUGGUGGUAGUAAAGGAGGUGUUGGUGACGAUAAUGCUGACUUUGGUGGUGGUGUUACAAGUGGCGGUACUGGUGGCAGGGUGAUGUUGGAGUAUUAUCAUGAUAAAUCCUUUCCUUUAAACCAUAGGAAUAAGCCUUUAUUUAUAGGAACUUUCUUUUUCUUCUUAUUCAUUGCAUUCUCUAUUACCCCCUUUUCCAGUUCAUCAUCUUACAUUCAGGGAAGUACUGGUAAACCUCAAGGUUUUACUUCAGGAGAAGAGAAGGUGGGAUCAUGGACAAAGGGACUCCUUCAGUUCUCAGAAUCACCAUCGCCUUCGUAUGAGCAUCCACCAGGAGGUACGCUUAUUUUGGCUGCAAAUAGGACUAUAAGACCUGACAUUCUUAGUGGGUUCAGGCGAUAUCGAGGUGGUUGGGACAUUCGUAAUCGCCAUUACUGGGCUUCUGUCGGAUUUACAGGUUCUGCUGGGUUCAUCCUUGCUGUACUUUGGUUUGUGUGUUUUGGCUUUGCUCUAGUCGUGCAUCAUUGCUGUAGAUGGAAUUUAGGCAUGAAACACAAAGUCUCCGAAAGUCAGCAUAAGAUUUGCCUAAUGUUGCUACUUGUCCUCACAUGUGCUGCAGCGACUGGAUGUAUUCUUCUCUCUGUCGGGCAGGAUGAAUUUCAUGGUGAGGUGAUGCAUGCUAUGACCUAUGUUGUGACUCAAUCAGAUUAUGUUGUGCAGACACUGAGAAAUGUCACUCAGUAUCUGUCAAUUGCCAAGAAUAUAAAGGUGGACCAGCUUUUCCUUCCGUCAGAUGUAAAGGAUGAAAUUGAUAAGUUAAACAUGGAUCUAAGCGCUGCAGCGAAUACACUGACAGAGAAAACGAGUGAAAAUUCUGGCCGGAUAAAAAAACUUUUCAAUGCUGUGCGAUCGGCAUUGAUCUCAAUGGCCGCAGUUAUGCUUCUCCUGUCUCUUCUUGGUCUUUUGCUUUCAGUGCUUGGGCAUCAACAUGCGAUUUACAUAUUUAUCUGGAGUGGGUGGCUUCUCGUGGCUGUUACAUUCCUUCUUCUUGGUGUUUUUAUCAUCCUAAACAAUGCUAUUUCAGACACUUGUGUGGCCAUGGAUGAAUGGGUGGAAAAUCCCAAUUAUGAAACAGCAUUAAGUAAUAUACUCCCAUGUGUUGAUCAAGUUACAACAAGUAAAACCCUUACCCAAAGUAAGGAAGUCAUCAAUCAACUCGUCAAUAUUGUUAACACCGCGAUAUGGUCCUUUGCCAACUGGGAUCCACCUCCUCAGAAUACUUUUGCUUACUCCAAUCAGUCUGGGCCUUUGAUGCCACCUUUGUGUUCCCCGUUUGAUUCCCAGCUGCAUGAUCGCCCUUGUGCAUCACAAGAGGUGUCCUUUUCCAAUGCCACUCUGGUGUGGCAGAAUUACACUUGCACGGUGUCUGCAUUGGGUUUAUGCACCAGUGCCGGGAGGAUAACACCGAAUAUGUACACACAGCUGGUAGCGGCUGUGGACGUUAGUUAUGCUCUUGAUCACUAUACUCCACCAUUGUUGAGUCUCCAAGACUGUAAUUUCGUGCGGGAUACGUUCAGGAACAUUACAGUAAAGUAUUGCUCUCCGUUGGAGGGUUUUCUUAGAAUGGUAAACGCAGGUUUGGUGCUCAUCUCUAUAGGAACCAUGAUGUGCCUUAUCCUCUGGAUACUAUAUGCAAACCACCCCCGAAGGGAGGAAGUGUUUGUGAAAAAACUAUCUUCGCCAAUAAUUGCUUUUUGUUGUCUUUGUAACAAAGAUGGUAAUAUUAACUCUAAUAAUAACACAGUACCAUCUACGGGUAUUGAAGUGUAAAGCUCUUCCGGUAUAGUAAAAUGUAGUUAGAA